AUGAGAGGCGCAGGACAGCUCUGUGUGCUGGGGCUGAUGAUGCUGAGCUGGGCUUCGUGGCUCCGCUGUGACCCUGUAGACUCCAUGUGCGGUGCGUAUUUAAAUGGAGACGUCAACAUCGCAAUACUGAGCUCAAUUCACUCUAAGGUGAGAAACCUUCACCAACGAACCAGACCACAGCCAUUCAUCUGCUCUGAUUUUGAUCUGAUGACAUUUCUACAGUCGCUGGGUGCCAUCUACACAGUUGAGGAGAUCAAUAAUUCAAAUUUUCUCCCUGGAAUUAAGCUGGGAUAUAAAAUCUGUGACCCCUGUGCAUCUCCCACCAAAGCACUGCACUGCCUGGAGCAUUUACUGGCCAUCAAUGGAUCCUUACCGGCGCUUUCAGACUAUUCAGACUUCUGUCCACCAUCCAAAGCGAUUCUGGGAGAAAGAUACUCUGAGUUAUCCAUCGCUAUCGCCAAGCUCCUCAGCCUCUACCUUGUUCCUCAGGUCAGCACGUCCUCCUCUUCUCCAGUCCUGAGUGAUAAACUGCGGUACCCGUCCUUCAUGCGUGUGAUUCCCAGUGAUGUGCACCAGGCUGAGGCGCUGGUCAAGCUCAUCUCUCAUUUCUCCUGGAACUGGGUUGGUGUCGUGUACGGAGAUGAUGACUAUGGUAGAGGAGCCUAUCAGAGCUUCACAGAGAAGUCCCAGGGCAAAAUAUGUGCAGACUUCGAGAAAGUGGUGCCGCACUACUUAGACCAGGUGGAUGUGGAUAAGUACAUCCAAGAAGCUGCAAAUGCUAUAAGAUCAUCCUCCGCCAAUGUGGUGCUGCUCAUCCUGAAGCCACAGCUGGUGGAAAAGCUCUUUAAGGAGAUGAUCCAGACCAACACUAGCAGAGUCUGGAUCGCGAGCGACGCCUGGUCAAUGUACCGUCCACUAACCCAGAUGAAGGACAUCAACAAAGUGGGCACAAUCUUUGGCUUUUCUUUUGCUUUGGGAAACAUUCCAGGGUUUGAAGACUACCUGAGGAAUCUGAGGCCAACACCUGGAGCGAAGAAUGACUUCAUCGAGGAGUACCAGCAGCUGAGACUGAACUGCUCACUGUGGCCGUCCAGCUGCACCACAGAUGAUGUGCUGUACGCAGUAGAGCUGAGGGAGGCCUAUCGAGAGAGAGUGGCCAUUUACACAAUAGCACAUGGCCUCAGGGUACUCUUGAAGUGCAAUGACACUGCCUGCUCAUCUGAGACCAACUUCCCUCCAUGGCAGCUCGUGUCAAGCAUGCGCAGUGUCAAUUUCACACUCGACGGAAACUCUUAUUUCUUUGAUGAACUCGGUGACUUUACGGACGGAUAUGAUGUCAUAAUGUGGAAGGAAAAUAAUGAUGAGCGAAUGAUUGAACCUGUGGGAAAAUUCCUCAUUAAAAAAGGAGAUGUGGAAAUCUUUAGAGAAUACCACUGGAUCAAUGAAACCCUCCUCAGCUCCAGUUGCUCUGAGUUCUGCCAACCUGGAACAGUGAAGAAGCAGUCAAACAUCACCUGCUGCUACAAGUGUGUCCCCUGCGAUGCGGGAUACUACACCAAUGCAUCAGAUCAGUCUGAAUGCCUGAAGUGUCCUGACGGGCAGUCAUCUCUUAAAGGAGCAAUCCAAUGUGAGAUCGUCAAGGAGCAGUAUCUGUUCUGGACGGAUGGUUACCCCAUAGCUCUGUUAGCGGCCACUGCUAUAGGCCUGCUUCUGGUGUUGGCCUCGUCCAUCCUCUUCUGUGUGCACAGGAACACGGUGGUCAUCAAGAAGGCAGACAGCACAAUGUCAGGAUUCAUGUUUCUGGGGCUGACGGCCAGCUUCAUCAGCGUGAUCAUGUUCAUCGGCAGGCCGAAUGAGCAUCUGUGUAGGGCACAGCAAGCCGUGUACAGCCUCGGCUUCACCCUGUGUGUUUCCUGCAUUCUGGUUAAAGCCUUUCGCACCUUUCUGGCUUUCCUGGUCUUCAAUCCACAAAAGCAGCAUGAGCUUAGGAAACUCUACAAGCCUCUUAUGAUCCUGGUCCUGCUGACUGGGGGUCAAGGCAUCAUCCUAUUGUUCUGGCUGAUUUUGAAGUCUCCUUACCCAGAUCCUUUAAAGGCUGAAAGCAGCUUGAUAAAAUAUAUAAUCUGCAAUGAAGGCUCUAUUGCAGGUUUUGGGGCAAUGCAUGGUUAUAUAGCUCUGUUGGCCUUCACCUGUUUCUUUCUUGCGUUCAAAGGCAGAAAAGUCCCACAGGAUUUCAAUGAAACCGGAGUCAUCAUCUUCAGCAUGCUGAUCCAUCUGUUCGUCUGGCUUUGCUUUAUUCCCAUUUAUAUUGACAGAAACAGGACCGAGCAGCGGCACAUCGUACAGGCCUCAGCCAUCCUGGCCUCCAACUACGGCAUCAUGUUUUGUCAUUUUCUCCCCAAGUGUUAUGUGGUGCUGUGGGAGCUGUCGGAGAACUCUAGGGCGAUCAUCCUAGGCAGGCUGACCAGACGCAUUAGAGAUGAGACGGCCAGUGCAGAUAUUGGUGUAGUAACAGUCUCAGGCAUCAUCUGUGCAGAAGCGCCAGCAGAGAUCAGCCCUGUUUUCAAGGAUCCUUCUAUAAAAUCUGUGGAGUCAUUUCAUGCGGACAGAGGCGGUGCAGAGCAGGCCAGACAAAGACACAUUACUACAAAUCCUGAUUAA